AUGUCUGUUCCUGGUGUCCUCCCUCCAAGCCCCCCUUCAACCUCCUCACGACGAAAGCUGUCUCUUCUAAGAGCUGCAGUGAACCACACGAACACGCCUGAAUCUCCAGCAUCCUUUCCGGGUUCCCCGGGUUCCUCAGGUUCCAGGACCAGAAAACGCGUCGAGUUCUCGCCCUGGACAAAUACCCAUGAACCAUCGUCAUGCAGCCAACCUAUCUCGAGUCUUCCACCAGUGAAGUCCCUACCUCCUUCUUCGGAAUGCCAAUCCUCCUUGAAAUCGAUCCUCAAACCCGCUGCAGUGGAGGACAAGAUGCCACAACCUGUAGAUGAACAGCAAGGCGCGGACCGUUCAAUUGGAGAAAUGAUGGGAAGUAUCAUUCAGCAACUCUCCCAGGAUGACAGGUUCAUAUCCGUGGACGCAUACGUGACACUUGCCUCGGUCAUCAGGGAAUAUGAUGAGGUACCGGAAGAGGCAGUGUUGAAGAACAAGAUCAACACGAUCCUCAAGUACAUCAAACGGGAUCUCCUCAGACUGGUCAAGCCUGAUGAACCACAAAUCGCCGAUACCAAUGUCAUGACACAGGCAUUGAAAGUUCUGGUAAUCUUUGUAUGGAAACGCGACUAUGCUUCUUUGCUAUCGGAUGAAUAUCGCGCCUUUAUUCUCGACCGCACAAUCCAGGUCAUUGCCGAGCAUACUGCACCAAAAAGCGUCAUCAUUCACUAUCUGCAUCUCAUGGCAACCCAAGAUUUCCGCCCAGGUCUCAUCACCUCGAACAACCGUGUCGGACGACUACUAGAGGCGUUGAAGACCCUCACAGAGUAUGUCAAGGGCAAUGGAGCAGUGUCGGAGAGACUAUUGGUCUACCAGAAGCUAUUAGAUCAAGCAAGACCCGUCAUGAAAGCAAAAGCAAGCCUUUGGGUGGAAGAACUGUUGACGGGCAUGACAAGCUCGUUGAAAGAUAUUAGAACCAAGGCCAUGAUUUUGGGCAUGAAGUCAUGUUCUGCGUUCCCUGCUUCCUCGUCCAUCUCAAUGGCCGCCAGGUCUGUCCUGGGAAGAGAGCUGGAAGCCGACAGAACCUUCAGCUCGGUCAUGUGUCGGAGACUCGAAAAAAUGAUCGCUUCGAAAGAGGAAGCCCCUCAAGUCCCUCAAAUCUGGGCCAUCGUGCUCCUGUUGAGUAAUGGUUCUGAUGCUCGGAUUGAGAGUUGGUCGGACUUGAAAGAUUGGUUGAAGGUCAUUCAGAGGUGCUUCAAUUGUAGCGAAUCUGCCAUCAGACAACAAGCCAACAUGGCUUGGAAUCGAUUCGUCUACGCCGUUCGACCACAUGAAGCGUCGGACACUUUGGUGGGAAUGCUUGCAAAGCCUCUCACUGCUCAAUUAGAGCGGCAAGGCACAGAAAAGACCGUCAAAAGCUCCAGAGGGACAGCGGUCUCGAGCUACUGCAACCUCUUGUAUUAUGCGUUCCGGCCGGCCGCCUCGCACAAGCAAUACACCCGGGUCUGGAACGAGUACAUCGUCAAAGUGAUGAAGACUUCUUUCUUCGAGAAGAAUAGUGCCAACUCCGACCUCUCUUGCCGGGUGUUCAUCGCGCUUUUAUGGAACGGUAACACGGGGACAAAAGUCUGGAAUGAAAAUCGUGCUCUCGAAAACACGCCAAUUGAACCAGAAGAGCUUCCCACCAUUGAUUGCAAGUGGAUCCGAUCAAGAAGCUCUGCAAUUAUCGACAUGUUUCGAGUUCUGCUUCGGUAUAGCUCUUGGGGAGCUUCCGGCGAAUCGGAAAGAGCAUACAUUGCAGUGGCCUGGACACACUUUCUGAAGGCUCUUCGUGACUCCAGCAGCAAAGAGAUCAAGCCUUCUUCGGAGACCAAGCAUGCAGUUACCGGUGUUGUCGAUUUUCUCGGACAGCUAUGGACAGAGUCUCAGCAAGACGUCAACGACGACGCUACCGGUCAAUGUGUUAGCAGCGCCCAGAUACGACAAAUGACCCGUAUUACUGUUCAUGAGCUUGAUAACAUGCUCAUUUUGACUGGAAUUGAGAAUGGCUCCGCAGCACUUCGCAAGGCGCCCGUUCUCUUGGAGAUCUUCGACUCGAUUGCUUACACUUUGAAGCAACUUCAAGGAGAUGACGAGAUGCGCUCGCACCAACAGACUUCAAGGAAUACACUCCAAACGAUUCUGGGUCAGUAUGAGAAGUGCCUAAGACUAAUCAACUCCAUGGUGGUGCAGGACGUCCAAACAGGAAUAACAAGCAGCCACUCCAGAACUCUCGAGGAUGCUGAGAUGCUUCAUCAUAUACUCCAGAGAGCAACAGGCCAACAGCUGAUGGACGCUCUUACUAUACUGAGCCCGGCCCUGGCACUGUUGCUAAAGGAUGAAUCAUGCCGAUUCGACAGCUCAGAUGACUCCGAUUGGAGCCAUGCCUAUCGAAAGCUCAGCAGCACUGCUUUGCGGUCGCUAGCAAAAGUACCUCCUACAGCUGUGCCGCUGCUUGACUCCCUGUUUGCGGUUCCUUUCCACAGCUCUCAUACCUUUGUGGUCAAGGAUGCAGUCAACAUGUGGACGAACCUUUUGGGUCAAUACGAACAGCUUACCCCAGGGCCUUGUCUAUCAGAGGCUCUCCUGAACCUGGAGGAUUUGAUGGAUGGAGAUGUUUCGAUAAUCUCACAGAGCGCAGAUGGCCCAACGGACGCUACUAACCCCUUAGCAGCUCCGCUUGAGAAAUCUACAACUCCUAUGUCGUCCAGACUUGCACCAAUCAACCUUGACCAUGCCAACGGGUUAGGGGAGGCUUCGCCAUUGCUGGGCAGCCAGCAUGGCGGGUACGUGGCAGGCGAAGCUGCUGACGGCAUUACUUUAAGCCCUGAAAGACCCGUCUCCAGGCCUAGGUCGCGACAUGACGAUUCCCAAGUCCACUUUGUGGCGAUCGAAUCGUCGCCUCCUUCUCGGAAUGAACCAGACUCUCAGUGUCUUACCGCUCAUCAGAAGGAGGUGCGCGAUAGGCAAAGAUCCGAACCAGCGGUGGUAUUUCCGGAUUUGAGAUCGACGCCCAGGCAGCACGGCAAGCCACAAAGUCAAAGUGAUUGUGAAUUCGCCCGGAAAGCUGCGUCGCAGGAGGCUAGACCAUCAACACCUACCUUGCCAACGCAUCAGGAUCAAGUAGAUCCCGAGAUAAUGGCAUCUCCAACUCCUCGUGCGCGACAAUUCACAAAGCAAAUUACGGAUAUCGAGGUACCUUCCUCGCCACCUUCUAUACUGGACCAUCAAGGCCGAGAUGCUGGCAAACUUGAAAUUCCGUCGUCCCCGCCACAACGGCCCACCGAGGAAGCUGAAAUUGGCAUUGACCUUGUCAUCGCGCAGCCCGACGGUCUGUCAGAUGACGCUGCUCUUGAGGAAGGGCAAUCUGUUGGCGAUGAUGAACCUCAAGAUAUUUUCGAUCACAAAGAUGAUGCCAUGGACGCCGAAAACAAUCAGGAGCAAGACUGCCAACAGACAAGGAAGUCUGCUGAUGUGCUGCGAGAUCCUGCAGAAACGAGUUUCGUCUCAUCUGUGGUGGAGGGACCCAUGUUGACGAUAGACGAGAAUAGGUCUUCGGACCAUGGAAGCCAGGGUGGAAACCCCAAGAACGAUAGUGACGAGAUCGAUAUGCUCAGUGCCUCACAACUGUCUCAAGACCUCGAUCGACAUUUGAGUCAAACUGCAGAUGAUGCUCUAUGUCAGGAACGAGAGAGUGACAUCAAUGUGCAGCGAUUAAGCGAAGACACUGACCUGCAGCAACCCAGUCAAGUCUCGCGUAACUCACGCAAGCGGAAGUCGAGAAGUUCGAUUGCAUCGUCGAACAAGAGAAGAAGAUCAAAAAGGACAUCACAGUUAUCCUCAACUUCAUUGGAUUCGGAAAUAUCGUACAUGGGUGGCAGUCAGUUGGGUGAGAUGCUCGACACUAUCGAAGUCUUGGAGAUGAAAGCGACUUCACCUGUGGCGAUCCGGGACUUUGUAGAGGACGUACAAUCGCCACCUGUCAGUCCAGCACAACCUCCCAAGCGCCGUCGGGGGAGACCCAGGAAACACGUUCGGAACUCCCAGUCACAGGAAAAGGCCAACUCAAAGGUUGAGGUUGUUAUGAACAGCCGUGCCUUUGAAAUCGCCUGUGCACAAGGGGAGAUUGUUGUUCCGCAUUUAGAGGUUGAUGCUGGACUGCUAGGAAAUGGGGACAACACCGUUGAACACAAUAUCGUCGAAAAGGAGCCGACACCACUGGCUGAGGCUGAGGUCCAGGCUCGAGAUGCUAUGGAAGGGACCCAUGAACACGCGGCAAUUGAGACUCCCGCUCCAAUAAAAGUUACGGAAGGGAUUACUGGACCUGACAUCGUGUCGUCCCUACAAGCCAUCCUUGACCGCCUGAAAACGUCGAGUCUCGAGACGGUUGACCUGCGGACAGUGGAUGAUUUGUGCUUCCAGAUCCGAUACCAGGCGCAAGUGGUUGCUCAACAACAAGCUGGAUGA